CUUUCAUGAAAUUUCAGUACACACCCAUAGCAACACAAACAUCAGCAUCCUGUCAGAGCAGAAACGAUGAAACAGUCCAGACAUUAGACAAACGUGAGACAUCUGGCCGAAAUUAACCGCACAGGUUUAUUUGCUUUAAUUUGUGAGCAACAAUGCAAGCGGACGACGCCAGAUAUUUGAAACGGAAAUAUAAGGGUGGCAGUUUAGAUGUCCAUCCCACAGAAAAAGCCCUUGUUGUCCAAUAUGAAGUGGAAGCUACCAUCUUGGGGGAGACGGGAGACCCAAUGCUAGGAGAACGCAAGGAGUGCCAAAAGAUAAUCCGUCUGAAAAGCCUGAAUUCCAACACGGAUAUUGCAUCCUUAGCACGGAAGGUAGUGGAGGAGUGUAGGCUCAUUUCCCCUUCCAGACUUCCUGAGGUGGAACAGUUAUUAUUCUACCUGCAGAACCGCAAGAAAUCUGCUGAAAAGAAAGAGAAGAAACAGAUCAAGCCAAGAGACCUGACGCCUUUUGAAGGCAUGGAGCUUGAUGAGGAGGCCAACAUUAAUAGCAUAGAUGACUAUGUUGAGCUCCUGUAUGAGGACAUCCCUGAGAAGAUCAGAGGAGCUACACUCAUCCUCCAUUUGGCCCGUAAUCCUGACAACCUGGAGGAGUUGCUGCAGAACGAGACUGCUCUGGGCGCGCUGGCCCGGGUCCUGAGGGAAGACUGGAAGCAAAGUGUCGAUUUGGCAACCACCAUCAUCUACGUCUUCUUCUGCUUCUCCAGUUUCUCCCAGUUUCACGGCCUGAUCACGCACUACAAGAUUGGAGCGCUGUGCAUGAGCAUAAUUGAGCAUGAGCUGAAGCGCUAUGAUCUAUGGCAGGACGAACUGCAGAAGAAAAAGAAGGCUGGGGACGAUGACCCGGACAAUCAGAACCUGAAGAAGGAGUACGAAAAAGCCCUGAAGAAGUACCAUGGACUGCUGACCAAACAGGAACAGCUUUUAAGAGUUGCUCUGUACCUGCUGCUGAAUCUGUCUGAGGACACUCGCACAGAGCUGAAGAUGAGGAACAAGAACAUUGUCCACCUUCUGGUGAAAACGCUGGACAGAGACAGUGAGGAGCUACUGGUGCUGGUGGUGUCCUUCCUCAAGAAACUCAGUAUCUUUUUAGAAAAUAAGAAUGACAUGGCUGAGAUAGAUACAGUAGAGAAGCUGGCGAAACUAGUGCCCUGCGAACAUGAAGAUCUCCUGAACGUCACUCUUCGCCUCCUCCUUAAUCUCUCGUUUGACACCGGCCUCCGCAGCAAGAUGGUGCAGGCGGACCUUCUGCCCAAACUCACCACACUGCUAGGAGACGAAGCGCAGAGACAGAUCGCCAUGUGCAUUCUGUACCACAUCAGUAUGGAUGACCGUUUCAAGUCCAUGUUUGCCUACACGGAUUGCAUUCCACAGGUCAUGAAGAUGUUGUUCGAUUGUGGUGAGGAGAGGAUUGACGCUGAGCUCAUUUCCUUCUGCAUCAACCUGGCCGCCAACAAGAGGAAUGCCCAGAUCAUGUGUGAAGGUAAUGGUCUGAAGAUGCUGAUGAAGAGAGCACUGAAGCUUAAAGAUCCUCUGAUGAUGAAGAUGAUCCGAAAUAUAUCUCAGCAUGAUGGACCUUCUAAAAAUCUUUUCAUUGACUAUGUCGGAGACCUGGCGGCUCAGAUCGGACUGAAGGAAGAGGAGGAGUUUGUGAUUGAGUGCUUGGGAACUCUUUCCAAUCUUACCAUUCCUGAUCUGGACUGGGAACUUGUGCUAAAGGAGUACAACUUGGUGCCUUAUCUCAAAGACCACCUCAAACCAGGCUCUGCAGAGGAUGACCUCAUUUUGGAAGUGGUGAUCAUGAUUGGCACUGUGUCCAUGGACGACUCCUGUGCUGUAAUGCUGGCCAAAUCGGGCAUCAUUCCUGCUCUAAUAGAGCUGCUGAAUGCCCAGCAAGAAGAUGAUGAGUUUGUCUGUCAGAUUGUGUAUGUAUUUUACCAAAUGGUGUUUCACCAGGCCACCCGUGAUGUCAUCAUAAAAGAAACCCAGGCUCCAGCAUAUCUCAUUGACCUGAUGCAUGACAAAAAUGCAGAAAUACGCAAAGUGUGUGACAACACAUUGGACAUCAUUGCUGAGUAUGAUGUGGAGUGGGGAAAGAAGAUCCAGAGCGAGAAAUUUCGCUGGCAUAACUCUCAGUGGCUGGAGAUGGUGGAGAAUCGACAGAUGGAUGAGGCCGAGCCUUACAUGUAUGGAGACGACGGAGAACCUUUUCUCCAAAAUGGUGACAUCCUGGAACGGCCAGACCUCUUCUACAGUGCAGAUGGAAUAAUCCCAGCAGAUGGUGCCAUUAGUCCAGAGUUCUACACAGACUACCAGAAUGGAGACCUGUUAGGACCCCAAGGUUUCCCCAGCAGUUCUCUGACAGAUGGAUACGGACAGACAGGUGUGACUCCAGCGCGUCCUGCCACGGCUUACGGCUUUCGUCCUGAUGAGCAGUUUUAUUACGGUUACACGGCAUCACGGUAGGAAAGUGUCAGGGAAGACCUAAAACCUACAAAAAACCAAUUAAAUGGAUCUCAAAAGAUGCUAGUUAGGUCUCUCAACCAUUUUCAAAUGAAAGCAACACUACUGAUUUUCUUCAUCAUCAGUAUUUCUUUCUAUGUAAUGUGGAUAUUUAUUCAAUUUCAUGUGAA